ACCAGUUCCAUGGCCACAACUGCCAAGGGCUUACAGAAGACUGUGUGAGUGAAAGAGUGGCAGCACUCAGACCUCGGAUCCCACCAGCACUUCCCCAGACUGAAGUAGCACCUGGAUUUCUGGUCUGUGCCAUAGAGCAGGCCAGGGAGACUGAGGAACUGUUAUGGCCCCAUUGGCAUGAAUAGGUUGCAAGGAAGGCAGAGACAGUUUCACCUGCAGAAGUAAGCCUUUCACCUGCAGAAGUAAGCCUUUCACCUGCAAGAAGUAAGCCUCUUUGCAGAAGAGACCUGAGAAAGUGAGAUCUUUCUUUCCCUCCAAGCUGGAUCGAAGAAGGACUUUAAAUUCAGAGCCUGUCAAGAGAAGUCUCUGAGGCCCUACCUUAGUUCCCAGAGUAAAGAUGGUGAUGUCCCACGGCACCUACACCUUCCUCACCUGCUUUGCUGGCUUUUGGCUUAUCUGGGGGCUCAUUGUGCUGCUGUGUUGCUUCUGCAGCUACCUGCGACGACGCAUGAAACGGCGACAGGAGGAGAGGCUGCGGGAGCAGCACCUGCGCACGUUGGAAAUGGAGCCCUUGCAUUACGAGGGCUAUGGGGGCCCUGCUUAUGGGGGCCCUGCCUAUGGGGGAGGUUACAUCAGAAGCCCACCAGGCAUUCCUGUGCCCCACCGACUCCGCAUUGAGCCCCACCACCCUCACCACCUCCCGCCCCCAAGGCCUUGGAGCUGUAGGCAUGAGCCAGACCCGUCUAAGCCUCCAUGCUAUGAGGAAGCAGUGCUGAUGGCUGAGCCACCCCCACCCUACAGCGAAGUCCUGACAGACACACGUGGCUUGUAUCGCAAGAUCAACGCCCCGUUCCUGAGCCACGAGCAGCCAGAGAAGCAGGAGCAGCCGCCCAGCUAUAAGCCCCUUUUCCUGGAUCGGGGCUACGGCUCAGCCCUCCACCUGCCGAGCUCAGCCAGCCAGGGCCCCACCUGCACCAACCUCUACUUGGAGUCAGAGCAUUCACAACGUAUCUUCCCAAGCUGGACAGACUCUGAACUCAGCACCAGAGACAGCUACGACUCCGGGCCCUGGCAUCUGCCCGUCUCAAUGCCUUUAUUUGGCAGGACUACGGCAGUGUAGCGUGCCAUAUUGCGACCUAGGUGGGACUCUGGUUGCUGCAUGGAUCUGAGCAGCCUGUUCCCUUGGCCUGUGGGAGCCACCAGGUCCCGUAGUCCAAGCCUUCCAGACGUGUCUGGGCCACAGUCUUCACAGCGCAAAGAUCCCCGUUGCAACUGACCUCUUGGCCAGGGCGAGAGUGGGGCUGGUCUCCCCAUCUCAACCACUUCCCUUUCUCUGGGCCCACUACUGGCUCUGUUGGUGCUGACUGUAAGGGGGGGGGGCCUCUGGCUUGGCCUAAACUUCGUUUCCUAUCUUUUGUUUGUUACAUUUUGACAACAAUAAAGUUUGUGGAACCUGAUU